UGUCAUGGUGAAUGGGAUUGGAGUGAAGCUUCCCAAAGUGUACAGUGGAAGUGGUCUCUCUCUCCAUCAAGCUGGCCUCUUUGUUUCUGUUAUCACAGAUUUGGGACUGACUGUUCUCUGGGAUGGAGGAACCCGUGUCUACAUACAGCUCGAGUCACAGCACCAGGGCCAAGUCAGUGGAUUGUGUGGGAAUUUUGAUGGUGAUGCAGAGAAUGACUUCACCACCCGACAGGGGAUUGUGGAAGCAACACCCGAUCGUUUUGGCAAUUCCUGGCGAGUUAGUCAGACUUGCCCUGAGGUCUACGAUGAUGACAUUCCCCAUCCCUGUUCUGAGAAUCCUCACCGUGUCACAUGGGCAAGGAAACGGUGCAGCACCAUCAGCCAAACUCUCUUCCAGUCCUGUCACCAAGACGUGCCUUACCAGCCGUUCUAUGAAUGGUGUGUCUUCGAUGCAUGUGGGUGA